AUAAGCUUAACGUGUACAGCGUUAAUAAAAUGAAUUUUAAUUCAGAAAGAAAUUGUUUUUUUGAUACAUUAAUUAAUUAGUGUUUAGGUGUAAAUUUUUGUUUAAAUAACAAGAACAUAACUUAUGAACUUACAUAUACAUGACGCUUCAGUCAUGAAAACCAUAAAGUGCAUUCUACCUAAACACCAGAAUUGCGGAUAGGGGGCUUAUCGUGUUUGACGUUUGUAGGUGAAAGAGUACUGGUUGUUUAUAAAUUUUCGAGCCGAAGGAUACGUAAAUAUCAAUGGAUUCCAGCACAGACGACGAUGGAACAUAUAGCGAUUUGGAAUAUCCGAAUUAUAGGCAAUAUAAUGUCGAGGAGGAUUAUUCAGAGGAAACUACAGAUGAAACAUCUGUGUCUACUGAAAGCACUUUUGAUCUAACAUUACCUGCAACACAUUCUUAUUUAGGACCCAAUUUAGAAGAACUUAGAGGAAGGACAAUAUUAGAUGAUGGAAUUUAUGUGAACUUACCAUUGUUAGUGAAACAAUCUGUUGUGUUGUUUCCUGGACAAACACUGCCUAUGACAGUAAUUGAUGCACAAACCAUUGACAUGAUAAGAACAUGUCUUGGAAAUGAUAGAACACUAGGUGUUGUAUGUUUAGGAUACGAUAGAACAGCACCAGUGGGCACAACUGCAGAAAUUUAUGAGUGCAUGUAUGAUGGUCCUGAACAAGGUUUUCGUUUAAAAGCCAAAGGCAGACAAAGAUUUAAGAUUCUAAGACUUAUAAUACAGUAAAUUUCCCUUGUCCAUACAUUUAUUUGUUUUAAAAAUCACUUCUUGGAUGAACGUUUGGCUUCACUAGAUCAUUUACGGAUAAAUCCAAAAAAUGAGGAAGAUUUGAAGAAACAAGAAAGAGUAGAAAAUUUAGAUGCUGCAGUAACUCCGUGGCCUGCCUGGGUGUACCGGCAAUACGAUCCAUUAAGACUAUCUUUAAAAAUACGACAAUGUUUGCAGUUUAUCGGGAACCGAGGAAGUAGUAUACCAGAAGAUCCUGCAGAGUUGUCAUUUUGGGUUGCUCAAAACUUAUUGCUCGAUGACAAUGAAAGAAUUGUUUUAUUAAAUUAUGACUGUGCAAUUUCAAGGCUACAAAGGGAAAUUAAAUAUUUAGUAGAUGAUAAAAUAUUUAUUUGUUGCAAUUGUGAUUCUUAUAUUGGAAGGCAAUCAAAUAUGUUCCCAAUGAGUAAAGAGGGCCCAUUGGGUACUUAUUGUAAUCCUGCUGGAAUUAUACACGAGAUUGUGACUUUAUAUCACGCGCAGGGCCUUAUGCUAAGUCGUACUAGCCCACCUUCAAUAGAAUAUACGUGGUUCCCAGGGUAAGAAUUCUUUUUUCAUAUAGCAAUGUGCAAAAAUUGCGGUGCUUAUAUGGGUUGGAAGUUUACAGCGGUUGAAAGUAAUUUAAGACCCAAGGCAUUUUGGGGCUUGACACGUAAAAGUUUGAAAAAUAAAGAGAAGUGAGCAGACAAAAAAUUGAGUGGUUCGAAGGUUAGUUUAAGAAUUCCGGUGCAUAUUUCCAAUACUUUGUUAGUAUUAUAUCAUUACAUGCAAUUGUUUGUG